AUAAUUUCUCUUUGGGGAGAGUCUCUCCAGACCCGAGAGGGAGGUUGGCUCAGAAAAGAAAAACGGAGUUGAGAGAAAUGAAAUGGUGAGAGGAAGCAUUAAACUUCUCAAGGAUGCUGGGUCUGGACUCAGCAAGACCCUCUCUGAGAUCCUCGUCUGCCCGCUUUCCAAACAACCUCUAAGGUUUUGUGAGGAAACGAAUUCCCUAGUCAGUGAUUCAAUUGGUGUCUCCUUUCCUAUAAAGGAUGGGAUUCCUUGCUUAGUACCAACAGACGGCAAGGCCCUUGACCUUGAGGCCGAUGAUACAAUAAAACCCGAAGAUGCUGUGACAUCAUCAGUCGAACACGAGGCAGAUCGAGGAGGCAGUCACUAGGUUGAAUUUUGAGACUUGUGGUAUUGUCACAAAGUGAGUUACAAUUGCAAAUUCUCAUAUGUGUCUCCUUUUUUAAGCUUUUUUUGUUGAACUGAGUUCUUCAUUAAUAGUAAGCAGAUGGAAAGGUCACAUGAUUAAAUUUUCUUAAAGUGAAUUCUUAUUCCAGUUGUGAGGAAAUUGCCUGAGGAAUUUUGUAUGGCUUGUGACCCGAUAACUUACGAAUGAUUUCUGUGCUUUAUUAUCUGAGAGGAAUUCUGUUAGGGAUGCUCUUGGAGAUUUCUUCCCAGAUGAAAAAUUAUUCUAAGAGUUGCCUUUCAUGAA